CAGUGGGGUGCAGGUUGCUGGAUGUGCUUGGUCGGGUCUCAGCAGCAGCAGCCUCAUCCACAUAAAACAAUAGCCUCCUUGAUAUGAAUGCUGACAGCUCCGUGCGGCCCCUCCGAUUGAUUGAUGGCUCUGUGACGCUUUAUCAGGCACACGGAUAAAGUUUGACCAAUCAUUUGCCAGGAGCUCACAAGGCAAGCAGCCCAAGUGUACUUUUGUUGGCUUAGGAAGUUAGGUCGGGGAGAUCCUAAUUUUUUUUUUUUUUUCGUUGCAUCUGUCGUGUAUUUUUGGUUUGUAUGAUGUCCAAGAAUGUCCAUUUCUGGAGCGCUGAGUAACUACUUUGUGGAGUCCAUCAUUAGCCCCGAGAGCGAGGAGCCUCCAGCACCCAAAUUCUCUGGACAGUACCCCAGCCCCCGGCCGGCGGCGCUCUCUGACAGCCUGGACUUCCCUUCUUGUAGCUUCCAGCCCAAACCCCCCGUGUUCAGCGCCUCCUGGACCCCCCUGAACCCCCACAGCGCGUCUCCCCUGCCGCCGCUCUACCACCCCUACCUCCAGCAGGGCGCCCCCACUUCCGAGACCAGGUACUUACGGGGCUGGCUGGAGCCGCUGCCCAGGGCGGACACCGGACCGGGAGCUGUGAAGACUGAACCGCUGCUGGGUCAGCACCCCGGAGACCUGCACAAGUUGGGAGCCCAGGAGUACAGCCUAGAGCCGCCUGCUGCCAGGGAGCCUGAACCCAAUGAGAGGCCCACUUUCCAGGACAAUAAAGUGUGCGAAGGAAGCGAGGACAAAGACAGGCCACAUCAAACAGACCCAUCAGCUAACUGGUUGCACGCCCGGUCCUCCAGGAAGAAAAGAUGCCCCUACACCAAGUACCAGACCCUGGAGCUGGAGAAAGAGUUUCUGUUUAACAUGUACCUGACCAGGGACAGGAGACAUGAGGUGGCCAGGCUGCUUAACCUGAGCGAGAGACAGGUCAAAAUCUGGUUUCAGAACCGCAGGAUGAAAAUGAAGAAGAUGAACAAGGAACAGGGGAAAGAUUAAUCUCUCCUCCACCCCCUCAAAAAUGCACCUGCUCCCUAUUUAUGAUUUCAAUAUCUUAAUUAAAAUUGAAUAAGACUCGCCCAUCUUUUUUAUUUUUUUGCAUGAUAUACCAGGUUGUAAGCAAUCAUACACCACUGUUAUUUUCUGUGCUAAAUGUUCAGAAGGAGUUUGAAAAGGACCCUCUGUUAUUUAAUAGGCAAAUUAGUGCAUUUAGUUAGCCCUGAAAGGGUGAUAGCUCUAUAUAAGGAAACUAGGGGGGCGAUUUAUUCAAUUAGUAUUUUUUUUAUUUUUUUUACGGUGUUCAGUACAAAUGCCCAACCCGAAAAGUAACAUUAAAAAAAAAAAAUCCCUGAAUAAAACAUUUGCCACGUUGGGUGCUUGAAUAAAACAUGUGCCACUUUAAAAAUAAACCCUGUUGUAUAUCAACUCUAAAAAAGGAGAUCAGAAAAUAAACUACAGCCUCAUAUCAUUCAUCAGCAUCAUAAAGAGGUGUAAUAAAUAUAUAUAUAUUUAGUUUUGACUUCCUCUAUUAUUAAACGCUCUACCAGCAAAAUCAUUUUAACUUACUUUUAUAUACUGAGCCAAAAUAACAGAAAGCACACUGGAUGUCCACGAUUUGCUAAAAUAGUUUUUUAGAAAACAAAAAAAAAGAGGUAAAAGUUUUAAAAAAAAUCUCUUUUUUUUUUAAAGAAAAUAAAAAAAAAUAAACAUGCAGACAGCAAUUGUCUCUUUAGGACUUUUAGUAAUUUCUAAUUUAUUGUGAAUUUUAAGUUUUGAGAGCUGUAGAUUUUGUUGUUCUUGUGCCAAGUAAAUCUAUUUGUAUAUUGUCUGUUUGGGAAAAAAAAUACUAUACUUGAAAUAUUUUGUUGUUGUUGUGUUACUAUAUAUAAAUGUUUUCUUUUUUUUUAUUAUUUCCUGCAUUUUUUUUAAACUGUUUACAAUGCGAGGAUGGUGUAAAAUAUCAGUUUGUGUUGUGAUGUUUAUUUUUUCCCAAAAUUGUAUUAA